AUGAACUCACGCACGCGAAUGACGAACCCAAAGAGGAAUUGGAUUAAGGUCGCUCUAGCGACAUUCAUAGUGAUUUUAAGUUCAAUACACCACAAUGACGGAGCAAGAAUUCUGCUCGUAUCGACGUUCCCCGGCAAGAGCCACUGGCUGACGUUCGAGCACAUCUUGGGUGAACUGCUCGAACGAGGUCACGAGAUAACCGCGAUCACCAACUAUCCGCUGAAGAACUCGAACCGACACGGUGAUCGCUACCGGGAGGUGUUGAUCGAUCCGCCGUUCGACUUCGAGGCUGAUCUUCCGAUGGAGUCGUACUACAAGACGACGGCAUUCAGUAAUCCGUUCUUCAAGCUGAAUAUCUUGCUGUGGCUUGGACUGGCCACUACCGAGUAUGCCUUUGAGAGUCCGAAUGUUGGGAGCUUCAUGAAGGAAGAGGGGUUGGGCUAUGACCUGGUGAUCGCGGAACAGUUUGCGCAGGAAGCGUUUUUGAUGUUUGGCCACAAGUAUAGAGCUCCGAUUGUUACUAUUAACACGCUGGGUUACACCGACUACAUCGAUCGGUCGUUUGGCAUGAUAACGCCACUAUCAUACGUUCCACACUUCUUCACCGAGUUCACCGAUGAAAUGAACUUUUUCGAGCGUUUGUACAAUGUUGUGCUGACGGUGUACGAUUGGGCCCAUCGAAAGUUUGGGUUCAUUCCCAAGCAGAAUGCGCUGGCGCAAAAGUAUUUUGCGAGCGAAGUCAGCGAGCUUGAAGGGCUACCAACAAUUGAGGAGCUGGAGCUGAAUGUGAGCGUUACGCUGACCAACAAUCAUAUAAUUUCGUUCCGACCUAGACCCAAGAUGAUCGGAAUGGUUGACAUUGCUGGUGUCCAUAUUCGGCCAGCGAAGGAGCUGCCAAACAAUAUCAAAACCUUCCUCGACUCCUCACCGCCUUCCGGUGGAGCAAUCUACAUCAACUUUGGAACGUUCCUACGUAGUUCGGCUAUGCCCCCAGAAACGCUGCAGGUUUUCCUGGAAGUGUUCCGACGACUACCUCAGUACAACUUUCUCUGGAAAUGGGAAUCGGACCAGGCUCCUGAACUACCACCCAAUGUCCUUCUGCAAAAGUGGAUCCCCCAGAACGAUGUCCUAGCACAUCCAAAGAUCAAGCUGUUUUUAACCCACGGAGGCAUCUUCGGUGCUCAAGAGUCCGUCUACUGGGGACGACCCAUGCUGUUUGUACCGUUUUACGGUGAUCAACACGGAAAUGCCCUCAAGUUCCAGCAAGAAGGUAUUGGUCUCACCAUCAAGAUCGCCAACGUGACCGUAGAAGAGCUACAGGGCAAGAUCGAACAGAUCGUGAAGAAUGAAAGCUUCCAGCAGAACGCGGACCGACUUUCUAGCUUGUUCCGGGACAACCCAACGGAUCCUCUGCAGGAAUCGGUGUUCUGGAUCGAGUACGUUAUACGGCAUCGCGGUGCCAAACAUCUGAAAUCAGCUGCCGUUAGAAUGCCCUGGUACAGAUACCUGCUGUUGGACCUGGCAGCUGCGACUGCUGUCGCUAUUUACGUUUCAAUUUGGCUCACGAAGCAUGCAAUUGGAAAGGUUUGCAAAAAAUCUGACAAGAAUUUAAGCAAAAAGAGGCAAUAAGAAUAAACUAAUUUUAAUGUUAUUUUCCACAAACAAACUCGAGAUAUGCUCAAUAAAUGUUAUUUUAGUAAA